GCGCAGUCAUGGACGGGAGUCUGUUUGUGCUGCUUCUGCUGUCAGGUUGGUGUGCUCAUUUGUAUUUGUAUUUAUGAUGAGGUGUUCACAUAUAGAUGGUUUAUCAUGUUGAUUUUAACAGUGCUCUUCCAGAGCAGCUUUGGUCUUUCUCGUCCGUACUUCUAUAUAAAUAAAGCAAUGUCAUGGCCAGAGGCUCAGAGUUACUGCAGAGAGAGAUUCACUGAUCUGGCUACUGUAGACAGCAUGGAUGAUGUGAACAGGCUGGUAAAUAUAGUGGAUGCUGGAUACAAUGGAUCAGUGUGGAUUGGACUGAAGAGGGGGACACAGACACGCUGGGUUUGGUCUGAUGGAGAAAACAACACUUCUCUGUACUAUAACUGGGAUUCAGGACAGCCAGAUGGAGAAGGAGAUUGUAUUGCUACUUAUUCCGGGGCUUGGCAUGACGGUCGAUGUGACCUUUUGCUAUAUUUUACAUGCUAUAUGGGAAAUACUUCAUACUUAAUACAAACUUACAAAAACUGGACUGAUGCUCAGAGCUACUGUAGACAGCAUUAUACAGACCUGCCCACCAUCCGCAACUCUGCAGAAAAUGACCAGAUAAAAAAAAUUCUUUUAUCUGGAUAUUACAUCUGGAUCGGUCUGUUCUUUGACUCUUGGGAAUGGUCUGAUAAAUGGAGUCGCGUCUUCAGACACUGGGCAGCAGAUCAACCAUUCCUGAGUUCAGGAUCCGGUAACUGUAUUGCGAUGGCAAGAAACAACUCUGGCAAAUGGGCUCAAUACAGCUGUGAUCUCAAGCAGCCUUUUAUCUGCUAUGGGGAUGACAAGAGAAAACAAAUUGUGAGACUGAAAGUCACAUGUAAGGGAAAAUGUGCAUUGAAUGAUCCUUCACUACAGACGACCAUUCUGAAUGAGAUAAGUGAAAAGCUGAAGAACAUGAUGUUGGAGAGUGACAGCAUAAUAAGCUGGAGAAAGGGGGAAGAUGGAGGGCUGUUCAAACAGGAGAACAACCAUAUGGUGAAUCAAGAUAAUGAAUGUAAUAGGGAACUGUAA